AUGGGCGACAUGCUUAACAGCAGCGACGUCGAUGCGACUGUGUUGCCGUGGACCCCGUUCAUUUCUUCAGAUGUCCUCGGAGAGACUAUGGGGGAGCAGCUGCUGCCGUCGCAAAGGGAUGCCAAAGAGCAGCACCAUCGGAAGCGACAGCAGCAGCAGCAGCAACAGGCACCGUCAAAGGCCUUCAUCAGCCUGCCGACUCCUGUACAGUCAAGCCCGAUCCCCUUCAUCACCAGCAUGGACGUUUCUGCCUUCUUUUCAGGUUGUGCCGACGGUGGGACUCCACAGCCCUUCUCGCUGCUGUUGCAGCAGCGUCCCCCGCCAUGCAUCUCCCAGGGCCUCUCCAAUCAAUUCAACACAGUGAGUCAGUACACCGCGUCGUCCACUGUCCACGCGCUUGACACGAACAACGCUCCUGCCACUGACUUUCCCCUUGUGGACGCCCGUAGCAGCUUCGCGAUGCCGUUGAAUGCGUCGUCAGCGAAUCAGGCAGAUGGGGAAAACCUGAGUCGUGUUGUUUCCUCCACCAGCAACCAUGGGAGGGCUUGCGGUGAUGGCCGGUCUCGGGCAUCGCGUCAGACACACGUACACGGGGGCACUUCGUUUUUCUCCACGUCGCUCUCGUCAAGACCUUCCUCGCCACUGUCGCCAUCGCCACCCGCCGCAGAGGAGCACAUCAGCGGGUACACCUCCCUCUACCUGCCGACGGCGGCUCCUUCCUUCGCCUGCGACGACGACUACACCCAUGCGAUGAAUGGACAGGUAGCGUUUGUCGAGCAGUUGUGCGAAGGCACCAGUGACCACGAUGGUGACGGGAACGGCGAACCGGAGGUGCUAGGCAUGUCGUGCGACAUGUCUGGAAGUCCUCCGCAGCAAUGCCUGCAGCAGUCGGCUUCUCUGGAAGUGAGGUCAGGCAGCUUUGGCGGCCUGUUGGCGGCAUCAGGGUCUCAAGCGGUGCUGGGGACGCCGGUCGUUGUCCGUCCAUUUACCGAAUAUGAGGUGGCGGCAUCACUGAGCGAGCCGGCGCGACCGGCACCACCGCCUUUGAGCACAUUUGAACCACUCAGCACUGCCAUGACCUAUCCCAAUGAGUAUUGUGUGUGUGUGGCGGCCAACACCGCCGGUGCUGUCACUGCGCGUGACACGCCUAUAGGGAGCAACAUCUCAGACGCCAGCAUGCACGCUCAGUCCCAGGCAUCUUCGGGGAACCUACAGACUCCGCUGAUACCAUCUCAGGGGAUGGUCCUCCACCCACAGCAGCAACAGCAGCCGAUUCAGCGCGUGCAUCAGCAGCAGCAGCAGCGACUUGGUUUUACCCCGUCUCCGUUGCCGACGCAGAUGUGGACUAGCAAUGCUCGAGUUGCCAGCGCCGAAGACCUGGCCGCUCUCAGCAGCAGCCAGCAUCAGUAUCAGCAGCAGCUUCAAGCAAGCGUGCAUUCGCAGUCGAGCUCGCUUCAGUACUCUGUCGGGGCUACAUCAGGGGCGGCGACGGUCAUAGGCCAGGCCUUCUCUAGCAGCGGCACUUACACGACAUCACCAGCGCAAUCCUUCAGUGCCGCCAACGGCUACUACACAAGGAGCAGCACUCCGCCGUCGGGUGGCCCAGCGCAGAUGAUUAUGUUGCUUCCUUCGUUCAGCGAAAACUCGUUUACAGGUAAUUCCACACAAGCGCAACAACAGCAGCAGCAACAGCACCUUUACGCAAUGCAGGUGCCGGCUCAGACUCCCCCUACCAGCGAGGGGGCCUCUGCUCCUCUCUGCCCAUCCGCUCACGGCAGUGGUGCCGUACAAUCCCCAUCGAUGCAGCCAUUAACCUCUACAACAAUGUCUGCUGGUGGCGGUGUUGGAGGCGUCACCCUGUUCUACGUAGCUGCACCGGCAGCUUUCGCCGGGUUUCCGCAUACAGCGGCAUCGUCUCAGGUGAACGCGUCGUCCCCUUCCGGUGUCUCCGGCUACUCCUGCGCCGUCAGCAUGGCGCAGACUUCUGCACCAGAGAGACCGGCGCCGAGUUCACACUACGUGACCUUGCCACCUUCUUCUCCAGCGAACAACUCACAAUCGCAGCUGCUGCCCCUGCAGGAGUAUACGGGGUACCUUGCCUCACAACAGCCUAACGUGGGUAUGCCGGCAGUGUCCGAGCAGGCUGCCUUGGCUUCCCUGCACGCCAGGACGUCGUCACCCGUGGGCAAGACUGCUGCAGCGAAUCUACCGCACGUGACGAGCAUUGAAGCCGCCUCUCUUGGCAGCAAGGCAGCUGGGCCGACGUGCCCUGGUAUCCGGUCGGUGGUGUCUUCGACCAACACCGAUACAUUGCGUAAACAGAUCAACGUUCACGGCGCCAUGCUGAACGUUUUGCAUUAUUACCCGUACCACGAGAACUCUCCUCCCGCGCCGACGGCACACAUCGUGACAGGGCCCGGGUCAGCCAGCAACAGCACAGUUCUGCAGUCCUUGGGCGGGUCGAGUUGGUCGGCACAGUCUAUGAGCAGCAACCUAGAGCGCAACCUGGACGGAAGCCGGAGAUCGCUGGACAGUGGAAAGAGCCAGAAUACAGCGGAGGUGUUCUCUUGUGCGUUCAGAGGCGACACGUCCACGCUGGAGAACGCACCUGUGCUGCCCAUCUUUAUUCAAAUGUUCCCGUGCGAGCUGCGUGACCGCGUCGGCUUACUGAACCGCGUGAUCGAGGCGACGUGCGGGCGUAACGCUGGCCUUGCGCAGAGCUUCGAAACCCGCUCAGAGACCUCCUUCAUUGCUCAUGUGAGGACCAACAACGUGUGGGAGUUGAUCUACAAGCUGCGGUGCCGCGUGCUGAUGGACCGGUUUGGCUUCUGGUACGCGGCCGACAUUGACCAGUACGUGCGCAUGAAGGAGUACUGCGAAGGUGUUAGGCGCCUGCCGCAGCAGACGAGGCACUUCCAGACCGAUGGGCUGCCUUGCAUGCCGCUCGUUGUGGAGCUCUCUCGCUCAGUGGACCGCGGGCUGGUUGCUGAAAACAAUGCACCGCGCUGCUUCGAUGAGCUCGUACCGAUCGCGGCUGUGGAUCGCCAUCGUGUCCGUCUGCAAGGGCCGUCGUCGGUGCACAGCGGCCACUCCAGCGCGAGUAUGAACGGUAUGCUCAUGGCCGGUAGCGGCGCCUCUACGGCUGGUGGUACCGUUUUCCUCACCAAUGUUGGUGGGGAUGGGCGGCCGCUGCAUGGAGGGUCUCCAGUUUUACUGACCAACGAGGGUCACAUGAUGAUGAUGCCACCGCACAUGAUGUCAGGCUUGGCGAAUGGGAACUAUAGGGGUGGGGGCAGCACUAGUGGGAGCUGUGGGCAGGUGAUUUAUGCGGAUCCGCACUUCUUUCCACCGCCCUUCACAAAGUAG